GGGGCUCCACAGCGGACUGCCGGCCACCUCCAGCGGCCAACGGGGAAAAGUGGUGUGUUGCAGAGGGGAGGCUUCGAGAUUGAGAUCCUCAAGUCAGAUUGAGGCGCCAUUUUUUCUGCUUCCUGAAGGUCAAACGGGAGUUAUUUGGGGAAAGCACAGAGAUGAGCACCCAUUUGGAUUUGGUGACACUGUGCAUGGAGGCCGCGUGUGAGAGCAUAGAGAGCGUCGACAAAUGGAGAAGGCAGAGGCGUAGUCUGGAGCGCUUGCCCUCUCCUCUAGCCGAUGCUCUGCUCCGCCGCCUCCUCAGCCGCCGCCUCCUCUACCCUUCCCUCCUUGAAGUUUUCAAACACAGUGCUGAGGAGAUUGAUGUCAGAGGCGAAAACUCUGUGGACGCGGAGUGGAUGGCAUAUUUAGGUGCAUUUCGCCACUUGUGUUCCUUGAAUGUUGGAGGUUGCCAUAGAAUCACCAGUUCAGCCCUAUGGGCCAUUACAGGAAUGACUAGUCUACAGGAGUUGGAUCUUUCAAGAUGCUCGAAGGUCAAUGAUGCUGCUAUUAAGCACAUUCUUUCCUUAACAAAUUUGGAGAAGUUACACAUUGCUGAAACUGGCGUGACAGCCGGAGGGGUCAAACUUCUUGCAUCCCUUAAAGCCCUGUCUCUUCUUGACUUGGGUGGUUUACCUGUAAAUGAUGUGGCCUUAAAUUCUUUACAGGUGCUGAAAAAGCUACAAUACCUGGACCUUUGGGGUAGUCAAAUUUCAAAUGAAGGUUCUGCCAUUCUGAAUAUGUUCCCCAAGUUAAGCCAUCUAAAUCUUGCUAUGACCAGUGUUACAAGAUUGCCUAAUCUAUUAUCUCUUGAAUGUUUGAACAUGACUAAUUGCACUAUUGACUCAGUACUUAAAGAUGGUAAAGCUCCUUUGGCAAAGCUUGUUCUUUCUGGCGCUACGUUUCUGAACGAAGCUGAUGCCUUAUUGCAUCUAAAUACUAACUUCCUAUCUUUUUUGGAUGUAUCAAAUUCUUGCCUUCACAAUUUCUUCUUCUUAAGUAAGAUGAGAGUAAUAGAACAUCUGAAUCUCAGCUCAUCUAUGAUUGGAGAUGAUUCAAUUGAAAUGGUUGCUCUUAUUGGUGGAAACUUGAAAAGCUUGAAUCUCAACGGUACUAGAGUUAGCUCUGCUGGAGUGGGAAUUUUGACUGGACAUGUUCCCAGCCUUGAGAUUCUGUCAUUAUCUGAGACACCAAUAGAUGAUGCUGCCAUCUCAUAUAUUGGCAUGAUGCCUUCGUUAAAGGCUGUGGACCUGAGCCAUACAAUCAUAAAAGGAUUUAUGCAUCAGGAAGAGACUCAACUAGAUGCUUCUCUCUCUCUGACAGCCCUACAGGAUCUUAAACAAUUGGAAAGGUUGAAUCUGGAGCGCACACUUGUUAGCGAUGGAGCUUUAUGCCCUUUGUCAAGCUUCCAACAGCUGAGAUACAUCUCUCUGAAAAGCACUUCGCUGGCUGACAUUUCCCUAUAUUAUUUGUCAACAAUUCCUAAACUGAUAAGUCUUAGCAUAUGUGAUGCCAUAUUGACAAAUCAUGGACUUGAAACUUUUAAACCUCCGGCGACUUUGAAAUCAAUGGAUCUCUCUGGCUGUUGGCUUUUGACAAGAGACGCUAUCUUAUCAUUUUGUAGAAUUCAUCCUCAAAUUGAAGUAAGACAUGAAUGGGGUACCGAAUUGCCUAAUGACCGAAACACGCCUGAUCGGCCUACUUCAUCUCGAUUGCCUUCAAGGUCUGUGCAAGGGAUGAAGAAGAAAGAAACCAUGGCCGUGUCUCCAAGUUUUAUAGAUCAAAGAGUGAAGUAUACUAGAGACGAGUUACUUGCAUUGCAGUCCAUGUCCUUGGUCAGUGCGUUUGAUGACGAGAGAGACACUGGAGUGUCUGAGAAGCGAUUAGAGUGAGGUGGGCCAUUUUUCUCCCAGACCAUUGUAUAUGUUCGUGGCCUUUAUAAUUUUGUUCUCUCUGUUCAUGUUUGUAUCUGCCGCUGACUAAUCUGUAAGCAUGUCCGCUGUGUAUGUAACCCGGUUCAAAUUAAUUUUUUUCUUGUCAUCUUAAUUGAGCGCUAUUAGUAUGCUUGCCUCUCAAGUCUUGAUGAACAAUGGGAUUGUAGAUUAUAUCCUUUGCUGUCAAGUUUAACAAAGGCAUGCCUUGGGACCCGAGCUUCCUCUUAAAUGCAUGAUUUGUUUUUAUU